CGCUGAGCGAACAAGUCGACGCCAGUUGUGCUCAUCUUCCGUCACCCAUUAGCACUGUCGUCGUACAGCCAUUAUUUAUGGGUUUCGUCGACCGUACCGCAGACUUCAGAGAUGUCCUUCAAGCGAAAACCACUGUCCCUCAGGCAAAACGACGUAAAACGUCUCCCGUAUAUGAUGUCCCUAACGCGAAUGUAUUUGGAAAACAAUAUCUAGAGGAAGCCUACACGAUUCUGAACCAUAUUGGCACUCUCACCCGUAUGCUCUCUAGCAUACGGAAGCCUUACCUGAGUGUCGAUGCACACGUUGUACCACUUUCGCGACAUGGUUUGCAUACCAUCGAUUUGAGCGACUCUACAAAGUCUUGGUCGGGAAUACGUUACCUCACAGACGAGGAGCGGGAUCAGGUUGACCUGCAGGCACGCGUCAUCCUCAGUAGGUGCGCAGACAGGGUCAAGGAAAUGGAAACACUCGAAAAGCGUCGUGCUGAGCUCGUCGCAAGUAACAUGAACCCCUUGACGCGCUUCCUUCCCGCCCGUCUGAAGAGCAACAAUUCGACAAUACUUUCGGAUUUCACAGCGGCGCACCACUCCAGCAUAACGUGGUAUCUUAGCAGGCGUCUUACAGAAGCCAGCCAGAACCAAAAAGAAAUGCAAGAGGAGCGUGUCAAGCGCCAACUUGAACGCACACGAACUCUAGGAUCCAGUGCGGCGCAAGAGGCAAUGAAUAUCGUCUCCAAGGGACCUGCGCAACAGAAACAGCGCAAUGGAGGAGGGAGCGACAGCUGGUUGGGAGGUGCUUCAUCAGCACUCGUCUCAGGGAUCGCCGCUACCAUUGGCGCAACGAGCAGCCGCCCUGCUGCUCAACCGACAACGCUUACUCCCGCUUCGUCAUUAGGUGACCUGGACGGAGACGACGAUGAUAUUGAGCUUUCGCAGUCUCAGAUACUUCAAUUCGAGUCGGAGAAUGCCAAUAUUCUCCGAUCCGUCCAGGACACGCUCGAGUCCGUACAACAGGCCGAAGCAAGAUUGAUGGAUAUCAGCAAUCUCCAAAUGGAACUGAUGACACAUCUUACACAACAAACGGAGCUGACUGACCAACUAUACGAGGACGCGAUUGCGACGACAUCUACCGUAGAGAAGGGUAACGUGCAGCUGAGAGAGGCACGUAGACGUGCCAAGGACAGCCGAGUAUUUAUACUUGUUUUCCUGAUUGGAGCUAGCUUUUCCUUGCUUUUCCUCCACUUUUACUAGCGACUUAUUAUUCGCGCAUGACU